UCCUCCCAUCUCAUUCCCACAAACGGUGGCAGUUACUGUUUGGUUUUUACUGUUACAGGGCAGGAGAUUAGUUCGAAUCUUGUCGCAGAUUAUCCUGUUUAGGAUGCACUAAAACGUUCAUGAAGAUGGAGUUUCUUAAUUUGGGGCCAUGAGACCAACACUCACCUGUUAAGUAGCCUGAUGAGAUGAGAGAUGGGAUCUGCAGUUACUGUUACAGUGACUCUGUGCCCCCUCAGGUGGAUCCUUGUCCUGGUCAUCUUGGUGCAGCAGCUCAAUGCAGGGGGGAAUGAGGGCUCAUGUCAAGGUAGAGACUGCUCUGUAUGUCAUUGUCUUCCUGCCAAAGGUGCACAGGGAGCUCCAGGCAAGCCAGGCCAGCAAGGUCCCCGGGGACCAAUGGGAACAUGGGGACGUGAAGGACCACCUGGAGAGAAAGGCAGGAGGGGAGCAGAAGGAUCACAUGGACCACAGGGGCCCAAAGGAAGCCGUGGCAAGAUUGGUGUUCCUGGUUUUCCUGGUAAUAAUGGGUCAUCAGGCCACCCUGGAGCAGGCGGCGAGCCUGGUUUGCCAGGAGUGGAUGGCUGUAAUGGGACAAGGGGUCGACCAGGGGUCUCUGGUAUUCCUGGUUUGGAUGGUUUCCAUGGGCUGCCGGGAUCACCUGGACCUAAAGGAAUGAAAGGAGAUCCUUCGUAUGGUGCUGACCUUCCAGGACUUCCUGGGGAGCAUGGUAGAGAUGGAGAACAUGGUCUACCCGGAAGACAAGGAGAAAUUGGGCCUAAAGGCUAUACUGGCCCUCCUGGCCCUCCUGGACUUAAGGGCUUGGAAGGACCUAAAGGUCUGAGAGGACUACCAGGUGACCCUGGAGGAUCACUGGCAGGCGAUAAAGGUGACGAUGGUGAACAAGGCCCACCUGGCCCACAAGGACCAGAGGAAGUCAUAGAAUUUCCUCCAGGCUUUCUUCCACCCAGAGGUUACAAGGGAGAUCAUGGUCUUCCUGGACCAUGUGGACCAAAGGGCAUAAGCGGUGGUAGAGGAGACUACUGCAAUCAACAAAUUAAAGGAGAGCAAGGUUUUCCUGGAGUCCGGGGUCUUCCAGGAUUUCCUGGUAGAGAUGGACUACCAGAACAUGAGGGUUUCCCUGGAGAGAAAGGACUUCCAGGUCUCAUUGGAAGAAUUGGACCUAAGGGUUACCCAGGAGAUCCAGGUCUCCCCGGUCCCCUGGGCCUUUAUAAUGGAAGUGAUGCCAGAGGUGCUAAAGGUGACGAUGGGUAUCCUGGAUUGCCUGGACUCCCAGGUGACUCUGGGUUCAUGGGUAUGCAUGGACCUCCUGGCCCACCAGGAUUAACAAUACCAGAGGAGCCAGGUCUGCCUGGUCUACAAGGGCCCCCCGGUCCCAAGGGUUACAAGGGAGAGCCAGGAAGGUAUAACGACUUUGAAAGCAAUCCGUUUCCAGGACCAAAGGGAACUAAAGGACCCCCCGGACCUAAAGGUGUCACAGGCCUCCCAGGUCCUCCAGGGUGUGGAGAUUACUACUGUGAGCCUGGUUACCCAGGGGACCCUGGUGAUCUAGGACCCAAAGGAUCUCCUGGAGACAAUGGGCCCAAAGGAAUUAAAGGUUGUCCAGGGGAAUGUACAUGUAGGUCUGGUGGGGGAAGCAUAGGGCCCCCUGGUCCACCUGGUUAUAUAGGACCUCCAGGAUUACCUGGAACUCAAGGACUUAAGGGAGACCUAGGACUGAAAGGAGAUGAGGGACCAAGAGGACCACAAGGAUUUCAAGGAAUUAUUGGUUUAAAAGGACAGAAGGGUCAAAAAGGUGACUCUUUUGCGACAGGUGUUAAAGGUGCCAAAGGUAACCAAGGAGACCCUGGACAUUCUGGUCCUCCUGGAGCAACAGGAAGGCCAGCACGUGAUGGCCCCCCUGGCCCUGCUGGAGACCCGGGACCACCGGGUGCUGGAUAUGCAGGAUUACAUGGUCCCAAAGGUGACCCUGGUGUUGCAGGACCCAAAGGGUUUCCAGGACUUGUAGGCCCCCCUGGUCCUGAUUUUCCAGGCCCUAAGGGACUACCCGGACCUAAAGGAGAUCAGGGACAUCCUGGCCCCCCAGGAAUUCCUGGACGACCAGGCCCUCCAGGUGAAAUUGAGCCAUGCUGUCAUGAAGACGAGAUUGGGUCACCUGGUCCUAAGGGUGAGCCAGGAUCACCUGGGAUUCCAGGUGAGCCAGGAAGAGAUGGUCUCCUGGGAGCUCCGGGAUACCCAGGCCCGAAAGGCAUGAAAGGAGAUGACGGUGAAACUGGAGGGAUUGGCCUGCCAGGACCUCUAGGUUUAAAGGGGGAUCCAGGUGACACUGGUCCCAGUGGAAUUAGCCUGGAUGGCCCUCUAGGCCCUCCUGGGUUACCAGGACCCCCAGGCAGGAAGGGUUCCCCAGGAGAUGUCUUUUCUGCCAGGCCAGGUGCUACUGGCCCACCUGGCCGUCCUGGGGCUGUGGGGACAAACGGACUCCGUGGCAUUCCUGGAAACCCAGGGUCUCCAGGCGUACAAGGCCAACCUGGACGACCAGGUUGUAAAGGAGAGCCAGGAGUCAAUGGCGACCCUGGAGCCACUGGUCCCCCAGGCCCACCCUGCACUGUGUGUGACCUGAAUGGACCUUCAGGCCCUCCAGGACUUCCAGGAAACCCUGGACUGAGGGGAGUGCCAGGGUACCUUGGUCAGAAGGGUUUUAAGGGAGAUAUAGGUCCACCUAGUCAUGGACAGAGGGGUCCACAAGGUUUCCCUGGCCCUCCCGGUGUGCCAGGCCCAGCUGGACCAAGAGGCACCACUGGCCCCUCAGGAGAUCCUGGGAUAGAUGGCCAGCCAGGACAGGAAGGUGAAAGGGGGUACCCUGGCAGAGCUGGUGCCAGAGGUUUACCAGGUCAUCCUGGACGUCCAGGACCCAGAGGUAAACAGGGAGAGAGAGGCUUUAAUGGUCGUCCAGGUGCCACAGGAGACCCAGGACUGCCUGGUAAUAAAGGUUUACGUGGUCCAUCAGGAUUACCAGGACCUUCAGGGAUCGUGAAUGUAACAAAAGGCCCAAAAGGACUUUCAGGAAGGAAGGGGCAACUAGGACAACAAGGACCUGCAGGCUCAAAGGGCCCAAGGGGAGUGCCGGGUGAUUCAGGGGCUGAAGGAUGGCCUGGUCCACCAGGGUUUAAAGGCAGCACUGGUGCUCCAGGCAGGGCAGGAAUACCAGGACCUCCUGGAUACCUUGGAAUCAAAGGCUUUCCUGGUCCAAGGGGAUAUCUUGGACAUGGUGGCGAUCCGGGAGAUCCAGGGCCCAGGGGACAUUCAGGUAUCCCAGGGUUACCGGGAUUUCCAGGGCCCAAGGGUGAGCCAGGACAGUCUUAUGGACAACCUGGUCCACCUGGACCCAAAGGAUUGCCAGGGGAGGAUGGACCUAGUGCACCCAGAGGGAGUCCAGGAGAUCCAGGUGACCCAGGACCCCAGGGAAGGUCAGGACAGCCUGGACAACCCGGCACUCUCGGGGAACCAGGAAGACAAGGAAGACCUGGCUUUCCUGGGCCUCAUGGCCCAUCAGGUCGUCCAGGUUUUCCAGGUCUUCCAGGUGAUCAUGGAGGUCUGGGACCACCAGGCCUACCUGGCCCAUAUGGGCCUCCAGGGCCCCCUGGGACACCAGGUCUGUGUGGACUGGAUGGGCUUAGAGGUCCAAAAGGGAUGAAAGGAGCAAGUGGCAUAGAUAUCCCAGGCCCUCCAGGGCCAGACGGUUUUCCAGGAGUCAAAGGUCUCAGGGGCCAACCAGGGCCAACAGCUGCCACUUUUCCUGGGCCUAAAGGCCAGAGGGGCCCACCUGGCGACACAGGUUUUCCAGGCUUACCAGGCAAACCUGGUUACCCUGGCAAAGAAUGCUCCAUGCCUUUGCCAGGACCCUACGGAGAUGUAGGAUUUGAAGGACGUGAAGGACCUCCAGGACCCCCAGGUCCUCUUGGGGAACCGGGCCCACCAGGCCACAGCAUUUUCAAAGGAGACCCAGGCCCAGUUGGCCUCCCUGGGUUACCAGGUCAUAAGGGAGGUAAGGGCCUCCCAGGACCUCCUGGAUCCCAGAACCACUCAGGCUUUACAGGACCAAAAGGUGAAAGAGGUCCCGCUGGUUCCGGGGGUCCUCUAGGACCCAAAGGUCAGAAAGGUGAACCUGGUCCUUGGGGCCGCAAGGGAGUAACUGGCUCAGCUGGAGACGCAGGUGCCAAAGGUGCUCCUGGUGAUUCCAUCAGUGGAUGCCCAGGGAUGGCUCCCGCUGGACUCCCAGGACCACGUGGUUACCCAGGAUCUAUUGGAUUCCCUGGUGAUGUGGGUCCUCCUGGGACUCCAGGGCGUAAAGGACAGAAGGGUCCUAAAGGGUCUGUGGGCCUUCCUGGCGUAACAGGUCCGCAUGGUCGUAAUGGUCCUGUUGGAGAUCCAGGAGAUGUGGGUCAGCAAGGAUUCCCUGGACCUCAAGGUAUCCCAGGUCCACCCGGUGAUCCAGGUGAGCUAGGCCACAGGGGAGCGUUGAGGUCAGGCUUCCUUUUGGUUAUCCACAGCCAGUCAGUUCAGGUGCCACGGUGCCCCGAAGGCAUCAGUCAACUUUGGGUGGGCUACAGUCUGGUCUACUUGGAGGGACAAGAGAAGGCUCACACUCAAGGUCUAGGCCAGGCUGGCUCCUGCCUCCCUGUUUUCUCCACCAUGCCUUUCUCCUACUGCAACAAAGCUGCUUGUCACUACUCUAGUCGCAACGACAAAUCCUAUUGGCUCUCCACCACCGCUCCCAUACCCAUGAUGCCACUCUUUGGCCAGGAGAUUAGCUCCCACAUCAGCCGCUGUGUGGUGUGUGAGACAGUUUCGCCUGCAGUGGCUUUUCACAGCCAGGAUCACACGGUCCCUGCAUGCCCACCUGGCUGGAGGAGUCUGUGGACGGGGUACUCUUUCCUCCUGCACACAGGGGCAGGUGAUGAGGGUGGUGGCCAGUCCCUGAGUUCUUCUGGUAGCUGCCUUAAGCAUUUCCGGACUCACCCUUUCAUAGAGUGCCAGGGUGCCCACGGUUCCUGUCACUACUUUGCCAAUCUCUACAGUUUUUGGCUGACUACUGUUAGUCAGACAGAGCAGUUUAUCACCCCGAGGCCUAGCACCAUCAAAGCAGCCAACCAACAGCGACGCAAGGCCAGUCAGUGCCAUGUCUGCCUCAGAGAACAGUGAAGGACCUCUUGUCACUUUUAGUUGUAACUUUAAUAAUUUUUUAACCUGUUUUUAAGCCAUUCUGUUUUCAAAAUCUAAUACUGAUUACCACUCAGGGUUAUAGAUGGGGACAAAAAGAUGUGGCAUUGCAGUGUAUACACUUUUACCUUUUUAUCUGAGCAACUUUUUUUAUAUGAUGUUGCAGUCACUGUAUCUUUUUUCUGUCAUUAUUUUCAAAGAGGUGUUAUUUCUAAUGAUGAAAAAGUUUAAUAAUUGAUCAUCUUGCUGCUGUACCUUAAGAUCUUGUAAUAAACCACCUUUUCAGACUAGUGUUGAAACUAAAUCAUCCUUUAGGAGAAAUACUCAGAAGACCUUUCCUUCUUCACCUAAGUUGUGCUCCUCAAUUAAAAUGCUUUAAAAAGUUUUAACACAACGAGUCAUUUAAUAGUUGACGAGUUCAGUACCUACGAUGGUUGGAAAAACAAGAACCUACAUGCAAAAAUCCCAAGAUAGGAGAAAAUUAAUAAUUUCAACAGGAUAGGAUCCAUAUCAGAUUUCAAGUUCAUAUUUAUUUAUUUCUCUCAACAGAACCCAAGUGACAAUCAGAAUACAGUACUUUUUUCCUCAAACAUAUUUUUUCCUUUUCUUUUUUAUUACGCAAAACAAGAGAACACUCAGUGCAAUAAGACAGAGGACUCUGACAGUGCGGUGCUCUCUCUACCUUUUCACAGUGCACGUUUAUACACACAAAAAGAUUGUACAUCAUCAUUAUUACAUUUCCAACCUCCACCCACCAUCAUGGAUAGGGCAAAGUGAAUAUCUUAAAACAAUCAUUUUUAAAGAUUCAACUUGCAUACAGUGUAGCUUGGCACACACACAAACACACAGCUCUCUCCCUCACACACACAUACAGGUACAACACAGAGGGACCUCUGUAGCAUUGAUUCUCACCAGAGAGAGGGUACUGCACUUGUACUCCAAUCUGAGGGCUAGUUCAAACCCAUACUAUUUUGGCAAUGUCAACAUUGCAUUUUAAUGUGCUAAAGAGAACCAACUUAGAUGAUGUAAGUAGGAGGUUGAGGUAGAGGGAGAGAACAGGGGGAGAGGGACAUGUAUGUAAUCAGCCUGAUUAAAUGUAAUGCGAUAUGAUGGGUAGUGCAGUUCUUUCUUUUUUACAAAGCUUCAAAGAUUUGUAGGCCCUUGUGCAACCCCUGUCUGCUUGACUGGGUAGAGCUGUUGCCAUGUUAUAGGUCCUUCAACUAUUUGAUCUCUAAAAACGUUGCCAGCCAAGUGAAUUGGGAAUAUUGGAUGACUGCAUGUCACACACACAGCAAGCCUGAGGCUUUACCCCCCCCCCCGGCUAAUAAAUUAAAACUUACAUGGCA